AUGGGCCUGUUCGGAAGAACACCUGACAAAGCUCCGAAGGAGAUGGUGAAUGAGUGGUCCGGAAAGAUUCGAAAGGAAAUGAGAGUGAUUGACAGACAAAUCAGGGACAUCCAAAGAGAGGAAGAGAAAGUAAAGAGAUCCAUCAAAGAAGCUGCCAAAAAAGGAGAGCGGGAUGUCUGUAUAAUUUUGGCAAAAGAAAUGAUUCACUCUAAGCGUGCAGUCACAAAGCUGUAUGCAUCUAAAGCUCACAUGAACUCGGUGCAGCUCAGCAUGAAGAAUCAGUUGGCUUUGGUGCGAGUCUCUGGGUCCCUCCAAAAGAGCACAGAGGUCAUGAAAGCCAUGCAGAACCUCGUCAAAAUCCCGGAGAUUCAAGCCACAAUGAGAGACCUGUCAAAGGAAAUGAUGAAGGCGGGCAUUAUUGAAGAAAUGCUUGAGGAUACCUUUGAAAGCAUGGAGGAUGGCGAAGACAUGGAAGAAGAAGCAGAGGAGGAAGUUGACAAGAUUCUUUUUGAAAUUACAGCAGGGGCCCUCGGUAAAGCACCCAGCAAAGUCACAGAUGAACUUCCUGAAAUGGAGUCUAAAGGAGCCACCGCCGCCUCAGACGAGGAAUCUGAAGAAGACAUUGAGGAGAUGCAGUCCAGACUGGCAGCUUUGAGGAGCUAA